AUGGUGGUCCACAUGCGCCCGAGACCGAGAUCGAGGUUGCGCCUGCCGAGCGCGCCCGCCGCCGCCGCAAGCGUAUACCACCACAAUCGAGGUCCCGUGCCAUCUCGCGUCUACGAGACGGGGGCAGGCCUGUACGGCUGGUGCGGGCGACUUGCGGGCGUGGUGCAAGGCAGCAGGGCGGCCGGGGUGGCCGUGGGCGAGGGGUCCCCCGGAAACCUGUGCAUGUUCUUUUGCUUGGUACCUCUGGUGUGCAUUUAA